AUGGCGCAGGAGGCACUCCAUCGAUACCCCACGAUCUCUUACACCGACAAUGCCAUGCCGCGACAAAUUGCCCGACUGGCUCGCACCCUCUUCAGUCGUCCUGACCUAGCACGCGCAGUAGCCCAACUCGCGCUGCGGCCCAUCAUCCACCUUGUCGAGAUCCCAUUCACCACAUUGUCCGCGGCUGGCAAUCCAGUACUCCAGGGCUUCUUCCAGCACACACGCGUGUACAUGGGCGAGACACAGAUUGCGGCACUCCUCCUUGCUUCUCUCCCGAACUUGAAAGAGCUCGAUCUGCAAAUCAUCUCCAACGGUAGCCUGCAUGAGCUCGACAGCGACCGGAGAUACAAAGAUCUACCCAAACUCUUUCAGCGAAUGCCCUGCCUGCGAUCGCUCACCAUCAACAUAAGCAACAAGUGCUUAGCUCCAGGGCCAAAUCAGAUCGAGGCUGAUAUUCUUGGGAAUGAUGCGCGGGGAAGCAUGGAAACCCUCAUCGAAACUAUGGCUGCAGUAUCGCAGACACUAGAAGUGCUGUGCAUCAAGAAAGCCGGCACAGAUCCGCAUUGCUUCAAGUACCUGGAGCCGGUAACAAGCCUGGCCCACUUCAACCAAAUGAAGCACCUUCAAAUACCCAUUGAAGGAGUUUUGGAGCGGGGCCUGGUGUCGAGGAAGAGAAUUAGGGAGAUACUGUACUCGUGUCUGGCUCUGACAUGGUUUAGGGCAUACAAGAAUGGCGACUUCACCGACUUGGUUAUCAGCUGCGGCAAUUCGACAUUCGAUGUGCACUCGGUCGUCGUUGGCUCAGCAUGCGAGUUCUUCGCGAACAACAUCAAAUUCGGUGGAAAGGAAGCCGAUGAGCGACGCAUCGAUCUGCCAGACGACGACCCAGAGAUGAUCCGACGUUUAAUCGCUUACCUGUAUCUGGGCGACUACGAUCCCACCGACGACAUUGGCAUCGCCGCGUUCGAACAACUCAAGCAAUAUGACCUCAACACAGCAGCGGCGCCCGCUCACCACCCCCGCCGAUACGCAUUUGGAAGCUCUCAGCGUCAUGAUCAAUGCGCUUGCCUCGCGUUGAACCUCAAGAAUAUCGAGCAGUCGGAAAUGAAAAUAGAGCAGCAGAAGAAAGCGUCCCAAUACGUCAGCCACCGAAAGCCCGACAACAGCAUCGAAAUCACCAGUCCGCUUACAAUACACGCGAGCAUGUAUGCGCUCGCUGAUAAAUAUCAGGUGAAGGGGCUUAGCCGACUUGCAAAGACCAAGUUUCGCGAGAGCCUGGAUCACCACGUUGAUUCGGAAGACUUCAUCGCUGCCGUGCAACUCACGUAUAGCAAUACCCCAGAGACCAACCGCGGUCUUCGAGACGAGAUAGUGCAGGCCUUCCGGACAUAUUUCAAGGUGGACAUCACCGAGUUGCCCGGGCUGGAAUCCAAGCUGGACACCAUUGAUGAGUUAGCUUUUCUGCUCCUCAAAUCCUGGCCCAGGAAGAUGGAAUCCACAAGCCCUCAGAAGUUCGCCUCGUCUGCAGGUGCCGCUCACACGGCUUCUCAUCUGGUUAUUACCGCUGGUCCGCCCACCUCCGGUACCAACGCGACUUCCGCUUCUUCCAACGCUCCUGUGACGACCACUGGGUUUGCCUCUUAUGCUCGUACAUCGGCGGCCACUACCUCUAGUACUCCAGCCACCGGAAGCUCGUUCGGAAGCCUCCCCCCACGUGCUUCGGGUGGAUUCGCAGGCUUCUCGUUAACACCCAGUGGUACUGGUAACGCUGGAUCAAGUCAACCAACUCGUCCUUUCGGAUCUCCAGCGUAA